AUGCGUUGCGAAGACACUGGAAAAGAUCUCAAGGCUGAGGCAAGUUUCGAAGUAUUUUUCGGCGUGCGAUCCGUAUCUGCAACUGCAUUACAAGAAGCUAAAAUUACGGUCAAGUACAGAGACCUACAUAACAGCACAUUGAGGCACUCAUCUGAGCCUAUAAUUAGCAACCUACCUGACUUUGCCCACAUAUGCCAAAGCGUCACAGAGUCCCUCGAUCAGCGAAAUUGCUUGCAUUUCGCUCUCGAGAAUGGGAUAUUUCAGAGGCUUCGCCCGCAAUUAAAGACAUUUGGUAGCGACCCCCGCAGUACAGAUACCGGAGACAGCUCUGGCGCCACGAAACACAUGGUUCAUCCCAACGCCAGUGUACUAGCUCUGGGCAUACUUUUGUGCGAGCUUCACUAUUGCACACCUGUGGAGCUGAUAGCAAAGGACCCGCAUGUCGUCAGAAAGGUUAAUAAUGAUUUUUAUACCUGUCUCGAUAAGCUUCAGACUCUGGAAGACGACGCUGGCGUAGACUACUAUCUCGCUACGAAGGCAUGCCUUACUGGGGAGUACUAUCCCCUUGGACAGCACGCUGACUUCGAGGAUGUCAGCGUUCAGCGGCUCUUCUACCAAAACGUCAUCAAACGACUUGAGGCCAAUGAAUUCUGCUGGGGCUCUAUCGGUCGAGAAGUUGUCCGCGUCCAUACAGGCAAGAUCGAUUCCUCUAAUGCAAACAAUACAGCAAGAGCAGAUCUGCCUCGUUCAAUGUCUGACGCUGCGCCCCCUUCUUCGGGAUCACAAGCUUAUAGAUACCUCGUCGAGCCGUCAGAGAAGAGCUUGUACUUUUUUGAUGUAAGUCACCAGACGGGUCCUGCACAAGAGAAUUCACUCUCGGAAAAAUGGAUGAACAAUCUGCUGUCCUCGAUCUAUCCCUAUGUUGACCCUGAUUUCGACCUUGCCGAACCGGUGCGAAUAGCGAUUUUGGACUCCGGACUCGACCCUGAAAAUCCAUUCCUGGUUGAGGAUCAGCAACGGGCUAACCCACAAAUCAAGGACGCACGAAGUUUUGUAUAUAGAACAGAACCGCACGACAUUCAAGACGAGAUCGGACACGGCACUCAUGCUCUUGGCCUUCUUCUUAAAGUUGCCCCAGGCGUUGAGAUCUAUGUCGCCAGAAUUGCGCGACGAGAGACUCUGGAUCCUAAUACCUACGAUGACAUUGCAAAGGCAAGGCUGUCUCUAUACUAUAGCAUACUUUUUGGACUGACCUAA